UGUGGGUGUACGCUCGAUGCGUAUACUUUGGUGUGCAACUACUCAAACGUCAAACACUGAACCUGGUGUCAACAUAAUUAUUAUCAGAUAAUGAACCUACACCAGAACAUGUACACAAUAACGUACACCGGAGAAUGUACACUGAGAAGUGUACACCAAGAAAUGUACACCGCAAAUGUACUCCGCAAAUGUACAUAUGAGUGUGUACACUGUAGCGUAUAAUCAAGUGAAGUCCGUAACUUUAAUUUUGUUUGAUUUAUCUCAAUUAAUUUAAUCUAAUUUUAUUUAAGCUUAAAUGAAACACUAAACCCUACUUACGUAAUUCUGUUUAAUUUUUCUCAUAUAGUUUAGAUAUCAAUAAAAUAUAGCAAAUUAACUAAUUUUCUUGAUACAGUUUAUAUGGGUUUUUUGUAUUGGUUUAAUUUUAAAUAACAUAAAGCAAAAUAAUGAAUGUUAUCUAUUUAGACACAUUGUAUAUUUUAUUUUAAAACUUAAGAUUUCUAUAAGAAUUUUUAUAUUUCAAUUGAAAGGAAAUUUGUAUUCAUAUAUACUAUUAAAGCUGAAUCCUUACUAGGAUUUUAUUUCAUUUUAAUCAUUUUGGAUGCAUUUAAAUAUCAUUAUUGUAUAUAUAUGUUCAUUCAUAUGGGUUAGAUGACACAUUUAAGAGCUUGAAUCAAAAAUCUAAAGAAAUAUGAAAGUUAUAAGACUCUGGGGCCAAAACGAAAAGAAGCAAAACAAAUAAAGACCAAAUAUGCAAUUAUGAGAAAUUUGGCCAUUGUUGUUGUUGAGCCUUCGAUAUGAGGCACGGCGAUGAGAGCUGAGGACAGCGACGUUGUCGCCCUCCUAUGUACACCAAUGUACGCUCUGAUAUGCACUAGUGUACACUUCUGGUGUACGCUUCCGGUGUACGAUGUACGCUUCUAGGUAUAUGCUUCCGGUGUACGCUUUUAGGUGUACUUUUUCGGUGUAUGCUUCUAGGUGUACGCUUCUGGUAUACAUUUCUAGGUGUACACUUCUUCUAGGUGUACACUUUUGGUUAAUUAAUGAUAUUCACAAUCCUUAUAAAAAACAAAAUUUUUGGCAUAAGAGUAAAAUAAUGUGAUUGCACAUACUAUAUGAUUAAAGCAUAAAUGUUUAAUAUUAAAGAAAAAACAUCGGCUUCUCAGCUCUCAAACAACAAAACCUUUCUCAAAAAACAAAAACCUCGGUAUAAAUGUUUAUUUUGUUUAAUUUUUUCAUUCAUCUAGUGGUCACCAAUCCGAGCAUUAUUUCUAUUUCAGUUGAAAGGAAAUUUAUAUUAAUAUAUACUAUUAAAACUGAAUCUUUACUAGGAUUUUGUCUUUCAUUUUCUUAGGUAAUUACAAUACCAUACCAUUAGCUUUUCCUUUACUUUAAUAUAAUAAAUAAGUAAGGAAAUAUUCCUAAAUAAAAUUCAAACUAAAUAAUCCUAGGCGCAUAUAAAAUUCAAACUACAUUGGAGUUAUGUGAUAGCCUCAAAGUAUCACUUUGAUUUUAGAAUAUAGAGUCUAUUGUUUAGGGGUCUGGAUAUAAAAUGUUUAAUUUAGGGUUUUGGAGAGUAAUAAAACAAUAAAGGUGACUGAAUAACAUUAAUAGUGUGGUUUUGGUUUCCAAUGUGUAUACUUAAUAACAAUAAGAGUGUGACAGUAUAAUAAAUUAAUACUAACUCUGAAAAAUAUCGUAUCACAAGGUGUAUAUUGAUCGUAGACAUAAUAUCUUACGAUAAAUCGAUAAGAGUCAUAUGCAUUAUGUAAAGAGUCGUAGCUAUUAUUGUUUUAUUUUUUUUCUCAUAUUUUUUAAUUAUUCUUUUGAUUUAAAGUUUACGGUUUUGGGUUUUAGUGUUUAGGAUUUACUUUGAUUUACUUUGAAUUACAUUAGGUUUUGAGUUUAGGGUCUUAAAUAUAUGAGUUAGGGCUAAAGGUUUCGAGUUUUUUUCAGGAUCAUGGUUUAGGGUUUAGGGUUAGGCGUCUUAUAUACAAUAUAAGAUAUAUAAAUAAUAUGUAUAAAGUGAUAUUCAUUUUUAUUAAUAGAAAAUACCAACAAUAUACUUUGUAAAUUAAUAAUAUAAAAAUAUAAAAUGUAACUUAAAGAAACAUUUUAGAUUUCUUUAAACAAUAACAAUAAAUCAUUCCUUUUAUGUAAAUUUAUAAAAUUUAUAUAUAAUAAAACUGUAAAAUAAUGUUUAAGAUAAUCAUUCUUAAAUAAUAUAUCAACAUCCAAGAUGUUCAAAAAAAAAUUAUAAAUCAACAUUCAAGGAACUUAAAUUGCAAUAAGGAUUUAUAAAAUUCAUUAUUCAUAAUACAUUUAUGAAAAAAAUUAUAAAAUUUAUAAGUUUAUCAUGAGUUCUGCACAUUCUAAUAAAAUUUAUGAAAUCAAAUCAAAUUCAUAAUAUUCGAUUGGGAUAAAUUGUAAGAUUAAAAAUGUUUGGGGCUGAAUCAAGGGGACGUUUCUGCACAUUGUAAAGGUUUAGGGCAAAAACAAAUAUUUACAAAGGAUGAAGGACAAGACUUGCAAAAAAGCCAAGAAUGGCCAUUGGAGCUCACGAGCUUUCUCUUCGCCGGAUUCCGGAGCUUUCACGACGGAUCAUGUCAAUUUGUUUCAAUUUAAUUAGGAAAAACCCAAAUUCAGAGCUAUAUAAGGUAAUAGGUAAAAUUGAAUUCAUAUUAAUGUCGUUCUUCAGUUAAUUCACAACAUUUAACAAGACGAGGUUGGGAAGAAUAAUACUUCGACGGUAAAGUGAGAUCUCGUGGUGGAUUUGAGUUUGGGAAGUACAAGACAGAUUUCACAAAAACUAAAAUUAUAUGGGAAAUAACAAGACAUAUUCCAUCACAGAUUUCAAAUCCCAUGGUGGAUUUGAGCUUUGAUUUCACGGGAAAGAGGUAUCAAGCGUCUGAUUUCACGGGAAGAAGGCAUGGAACGAGCAGAGGACCAGUAUUGAGGUAAGGUCACGGGAAGAAGUUUUUGAGUUGUUUAUAGAAUAAAAAACUAAAGUUAUAUGGGUUAAAAACUUAAAGUUUAUGGGUCAAAAGGAUAAAAAUGUCAUCGAUUAUUUAUCUCUCCACUAGGCAUGCAAUUUUCCAAUAAAAUCUUGGAGUGACCUACUUCAAAAAUUAAAAACUAUUCGAGACUCAUUCCUAAAACGGACUCAUUAUAAAUGAACACCUUUCAGUUGAGUACCUCCGCUUUUCUUUUACGUUUCUCUGCGAACAUUCGACUCUCUAUCUCUCCUCUUACUUUUCAUUCUCUUACCUACUUUUACCUUUGUUUUAUUAAUUAACUUAAGAGAGACCUACGAAGAAAUGUGACCGAUGCGGAUGCUCUAAGGCCAGCAUUAUCCCUGAAACCACAUUGUGGUUUUUUAUUUUUAUUUUUAUUUUUUUCUAAUUAAAAAAAAAAAUUUUAAAUGCACCAAUCGUGGACCAUCACGUGUCGGUGGGAUCCGCGGACAGUGAAAAAACCAACAACAAACUAUCCUUAUCUCAAGCCUUUUAUUACCGGCUUUUGUGUUUUCUGUGGGGCCCAAGAGUUGAAAACCCCUUUUGUAACCUGCGUUGUUGAUGCUACGAGAGUCUACUAGUAUGUCAGUUUUGUGGACCAAAUUUACAGUAAAAGGAAGAUAACCAAACAAUAAUGGGAUUUUCGAGUAGUAAAUAGUCUGAAUAUUAUAUGUUCAAUCAACAGAAAUGCCUUGUGUUUUUUUUUUUUUGAACAAAUUUCUUUUUUUUUUUCAUUUUUUUUGGAUCAAAUUUUUGAACAAAUUUCUAAAAUGCGAAAAUGCCUUGUGUUUAUGAUAUGGCGCUACGUUUGAGAAAAGAGAAAGAAGGUGUGUGAAUGCGAAUGAGGAGCCGGAUGUUUCUCAUGCAUGGGGUGGGGUACGAGCGGAGUCGACAACUUCAUGGUUCUUACCUUAACCACGUCUCACGCAUGUGUUACACUACCCAGAUUCUACUGACUCACAGACUCGUUCGUUAUUAAACUCGUAACUUUUUUAUUUUGUUGGUAAAACAAACACCAAAAUAAACCAAAUACUACUAAAAAACAAAAAGAAACUGAACCCAGAGCUGUUUCACUUUCAUCAAACAAAAAACAAGAUACUAAAGAAAAUAUAUAUAAAGAAGAUCAAAUUAUUGUCGAAAGAAGAAUCGAAUUAAUCUUAAGUAGUUUUUUUUGUUCGUCCUCUAAAAAAAAUUAUUUAGAUCUUUGUGAACAUCUGUAGAUAACAAGAAUUCUACUAGAUACAUACCAAAAUGACGGACGCCCACACUCAGGGCCGGGCUUGUACGCAAUCUCGCGAAACAUCCGUAUGGGGCCCCCACCUCAUGGGGCCCCCACUUCCAAUUUUUUCCUUUGUAUAUAAUGUUAAUAUAUGAAUCUUAGGUGCAAAGUCAAAUUAAAAAGUAAAAUUUUGGUUUCUAGUGACAGAAUAAAAUACAUGUCACGAACAUUAUUAGUACGUAAGUCUGAAGAUAUCUCUAUUUUUUUUAUUUAAAGAAUUGUAAAUAUUAUAAUAAAUUUAAAUAAGUAAAAAGCAUCAUAUUUUAACUCAGCAAAGGAAACUUACGAGCUACGAGACCGUCUUUUCAGCUUCUUCCCUUCUCUGUAAAAGCAAGUUCAUAAGAAAACCAGAGAUUUUGUCUUUUGAUUCUUAGGUAAAAUCAAAUUUUAUUUUCGUUUAACAAAUCUUAUAUUGUUUAUUCAUCUCUAAUUCAAUUGAUUUACUCGUUUUGGUUUGAAAGUUUUUAAUAGUCAAAUUUUAUAAUGUCAAAACUGAAUUACAAUCUUUAAAUUUUAUAUCUUCAUCCUGCAGAAAAAAAUGAGUGCAUCAAGAAUAUACCUUUCUGGAGCUAAAAAAAGAGCAAAAAAAAGAAGAGUAGAAGAACUAGUGAAGUCUCAGUCAGGUUCUCUGUUAAAGUAUUUAAAGAAACCAGCAUUGCUUGGAACUGAUGAGGACCAUGAGGUUGAUGGAACUAGUGAGGAUAGUAGUGAAACUGGUGAGGUUGAUGGAUCUGAACCAGAUGAUGAGGUUGAUGGGGUUAGAACUGGAUAUGGAAACCAUGAUCAAGAAGAGAAUAGGGAUAGAGCUGAGAUAGAUGAUGAAGAUGUCAACUCAAAUGCAGCGGACGAGCAUUUUAAAGAAGAUGAUUCAGCCUUUGAUCUUAUGGAUCCUGGAAAUUGGAGAAAAAUUGACCAGAAGUUAAGAGAUUAUUUGGUUGAGAAAGGUCCUCUCCCACCACCAUCUGAAGAUUAUAUUUUCCCCAAAAAUGAAAGUGGUAGACACUUUUCACAUAGAAAUUACAAAAGGAUCAUGAAGAAUGGAGAUAUGCAGCACCGGCGUUGGUUAGUUUAUUCAACAACAUUCGACAAGAUCUAUUGUUUUUGUUGCAAGUUGUUCACCCGUUACAAGGAAACUACUCAACUAGCAGGCAUUGGAUUUCUGGAUUGGAAUAAUACUGGAAUAAGGCUGAGCCAACAUGAAACCAGUCAUGAUCACAUUAUGUGUAUGAGCCAGUGGAUGGAACUAGAGAUGAGGCUGCAAAAGAAUCAGACAAUUGAUAAGUGUGUCCAAGAGGAAAUCGAAAAAGAGAAGAAUCAUUGGAGGGAGCUUUUACUGAGAUUAUUUUCAGUGGUGGAGUAUUUGGCUAAGAGUAAUAUAGCAUUUCGGGGAUCUAAUGACAAAAUUGGCCAAGAGAACAAUGGAAAUUUUCUGGGGAAUAUUGAGAUGAUUGGUAAAUUUGAUCCUGUAAUGAGGGAGCACAUCAGGCAAAUCACCAAAGGAGAAACCCGAUACCAUUAUCUCAGCUACAAAAUUCAGAAUGAGUUGAUUGGAAUGUUGAGUUCUGAAAUCAAGUUAAUAAUCAUUAAGAAGAUUAAAGAGGCAAAAUUCUUCUCGGUUAUUCUUGAUUGUACUCCAGAUAUCAGCCACAAAGAGCAAAUGUCUCUCAUUAUUCGAUGUGUGGAUAUAUCAGUGAGUCCAGUUCAGAUUGAAGAAUUUUUUCUUACCUUUCUCGAAGUUGAAGAUAAAUCAGGAAAAGGGCUUUUUGAGCUAUUAUGUGAUACACUGGUUGGUUUGAAGCUGGAUAUUAAUGAUGCCAGGGGACAAGGUUAUGACAAUGGAUCCAACAUGAAAGGAAAAAACAAAGGAGUGCAGAAGAGGUUGUUGGAUAUCAAUCCGAGAGCAUUUUAUACACCAUGUGGUUGUCAUAAUCUGAACUUGGCUAUUUGUGAUAUUGCUAAAUCUUCUGAUAAAGCGAUGUCUUUCUUUGGGAUUAUCCAGCGUUUAUAUAACUUUUUCCACCCUUCUACGACUAGGUGGGAGAUGUACAGAAAAAUGGUGGCAGGUUUCACGCUUAAACCGCUAUCAGAUACGCGAUGGGAAAGUCACCUCGAAAGCGUUAAGGCUAUACGUUUUAAAGCUCCAGAAAUCAGAGAUGUCUUACUUUACUUUGCAGAAAACAGUGAGGAUCCAGGAGCACGGAGUGAUGCUGAAUGUCUUGCGAUAAGUGAAACACAUGGAAUUGGAGGGUUUGAGUUCUUGUUUGGUCUGGUUAUAUGGUAUGAUGUUCUGUUUGCUGUUAAUACUGUGAGCAAGACGCUACAGUCUGAAGAUAUUGAUAUCGAUGAUGCCAUUGCUCAGCUAAAGGGGUUAGUUUCUUUUUUCCAAAAGUAUAGAGAAAUGGGAUUUCAAGAAGCAAAAGCUGAAGCUUCAAAAAUUGCCAUUGCUAUGGAUAUUGAACCCAUGUUUAACAAGAGGAACAAGCGCCUUAUUAAAAGGAAAACUCAUUUUGAUGAAGAGCGAGACAAAGGUGAUGAUGUUUGUCAGGUUCUAAGUGUGGAGGAUGAUUUCAGAAUCAAUUAUUUUUUCAAAAUGAUGGACCAAGCUAUUGUUUCUUUCCAAACAAGGUUAGAACAAUUUAAAGAGUAUGAAAAUAUUUUUGGGUUUUUGUUCAGUCUACGAAAGCUCAACUCAACAAGCGAUGAUAUUUUGAAGAGUAAAUGUUCUAACCUUGAAGCUUUUCUUAAGCAUGGAGCAGAUUCUGAUAUUGAUGGGAAUGAUUUGUUCAUGGAAAUCAAAAUUUUCAGAGAAGUUUUGCCAAAGACUUUCAAGAAGAAUGUAGAAGUGCUGGAUUAUUUGAAGAGAAUGAAGGAUAGCUAUCCGAGUAUAUGGAUUGCUUACAGGAUAAUGCUCACCAUUCCUGUUUCAGUUGCUUCAGCUGAAAGAAGUUUUUCUAAGUUGAAGUUGAUAAAGUCUUAUCUACGAUCUACUAUGUCACAGGAAAGGUUAAACGGAUUGGCUAUGUUAUCGAUUGAGAAAGCUUUAAUUCAAAAUCUCAAUUAUGAAAGUUUGAUGAAUGAUUUUGCUGAAAAAACUGCAAGAAGAGUUAUUUUUCAAAAUCGGUAGAACUGUUGUUGUGUGUUU